AUGUCUUCCGUCUGGGAUGCACCCGCUUCGGGGGACGCUGAGUGGGAUAAGCAGGACGGUGACAGCCUGAAGACAGGCGACGCUGAGGCUUGGACUUCCACUUCCCCAGGCAAAGACAGCAAUGACGAGAACGUGAAUCCUCACGCUUCUGAAUACGAGGCUCCCGCCACUUAUGGCGACUACGGUGACAACCAAGACCUCACCUGCCGCAACUGUGGGGAGACUGGCCAUUUCGCUCGUCGGUGCCCAAACGAGGAUACUCAGAAGUGCUUGAACUGUGAUGAGCCAGGACAUAGCAAGGCUGACUGCCCGAAUCCCGCGAAGCCCCGAGCUUGCUUCAACUGUGGCGAAGAAGGACACAACAAGGUUGAUUGUCCCAAGCCCCGUGUCUUCAAAGGAGCAUGCCGUAUUUGUGCGCAGGAAGGCCACCCAGCCUCUGCUUGCCCUGAGAAGCCAGCCGAUAUCUGCAACAACUGCGGCGGAGAAGGUCACCUCGCCUUUGGUUGCACCGAAAAUCGCAAAUUUGACUUGAACCAUAUCGUCGACAAGGUUCCGGAUGAGGCAUGGGCCAUGAUGAAGCAGGCCAGCGACGAGAGAGAUAUGGAUGACUUCCGCGAGGCGAUCCAAAUCUACACCAAGGCUAUGCCGGAGGCCACCUACGUCGAUAUCGAGAAGAGAAUGCGCGAGGAAGAAUUCAAGAUCUUCCUCAUUGCUCUGGAGAAAGAUCGUGAGGAUACCAUCAGCCUUAUUGACCUCCAGGGCCGACUGGAUCGUGAAUUUGCUGUCGGUUACUACUUCUCUGACAAGGCAAUGCGUGCCAACCUCGAACAGCGUUGGCCUCGCGAUGCUGAUGACAAUCUUGAGCGCUUGGCCAAUGCGGGUCUGCCUUACGAUCGCAAGGUCAUGAAGUGUCACAACUGCGGAGAGUUGGGCCACGGUUCCCGCGCGUGCAAGCAGGAGCGUGUGGCGGUUGAACGACACGAGGUCAAGUGCAGCAACUGCGGUACCGUCGGUCAUCGUCUUCGAGACUGCACUGAGGGGCGUCGCAGCAAGCCCGGCUGCCGCAAAUGUGGUGGUGAGGGACACGAGGCCCGCGGCUGUACUGAGCCCCGAUCUGCAGAGGACAUUGAGUGCCGUCGCUGCAAUGGAGCUGGUCAUUUUGCGAAGGAUUGCCCCAACCAGACUGAGCGUACCCCUCGUACCUGCCGGAACUGCGGUUCUGAGGACCACAUUGCGCGUGAUUGCGACCAGCCUACCAACCCCGAUGCCAUGGUCUGCCGCAACUGUGAGAACACUGGACAUGUUGCUCGUGACUGCCCCGAGCCCAAGGACUGGUCUAAGGUCAAGUGCAACCGUUGCGGAGAAAUGGGCCACACCGUGAAGCGCUGUGACCAACCUGAAGAAGGUGGAUUCGACGAAGUCAGUGGCGAGGAUCCAUUCUCCAGCCCGGCUGUUGAUGCUAAGGCCGAUAAAAGCCAGGACGAUGAGGUCGAAAAAGUGCGUCAGCGCAUGGACAACCAGUUCUGGUAA